CAAGUCCAGAGUCAAAAACUGAAAUCGAGAGACAAACUAAUAACAACGGAGACAGAAAGAAAGAAAUCCGGUGUGAAGGAAAAGACAUUAAUUUUUAAUUUAUUUAAUCGGUGAGAGUGAGAGUGAGACAUAGACACGGAGAGAGAGAGAGAGAGAGAGAGAGAGCGGCGCAGUGUGUAGGUGUGGGUUAGCAAUGCUUCAGCGGAGCUCAUGCUGCGAUUCUCUUUUUGCGUCGGAUUUUGGGUUCGCUGAUUCUUCCACUUCUCGUUUCUCUGCAAGUAAAGCUACCACCUUGGCUUUUUUCAUGGACCGCUCCACAAAGAGAGACAAAGAAAUAUUAUCACUUUCUUCUUCUUCUUUGUCAAAGCUGCCUCUGGGGAAUCGCAAUCCCAUUUUGGCUUGCCGGGCCUCCAGUGGUUCUCACGAUUCUUCACCAAGGAAACAUGAUAUACCGGUCCAUGGAAUGUCUGAAAUGAUCGUUGGUGUUCUAGGUGGAGGUCAACUAGGUCGCAUGUUAUGUCAAGCAGCAUCACAAAUGGCUAUUAAAGUAAUGGUUUUGGACCCUCAAGAGAAUUGCCCUGCAAGUUCACUUUCAUAUGAUCAUAUGGUUGGAAACUUUGAUGAUAGCGCCACUGUCCAAGAAUUUGCAAAGAGAUGUGGAGUAUUGACUGUCGAAAUUGAACAUGUGGAUGCUGCGACAUUGGAGAAACUUGAGCAACAAGGAGUAGAUUGCCAACCUAAAGCUUCUACAAUUCGAAUAAUCCAGGAUAAAUAUCUCCAGAAGGUUCAUUUUUCUCGGCAUGGCAUUCCACUUCCUGAGUUUAUGCAGAUAGAUGAUCUUGAAAGUGCCAAGAGAGCAGGGGACCUAUAUGGCUAUCCUCUUAUGAUAAAGAGUAAGCGAUUAGCUUAUGAUGGGCGUGGAAAUGCUGUUGCUAAAAGUGAGGAGGAGCUUUCUUCUGUCAUAACCGUUCUCGGAGGGUUUGAUCAUGGUUUGUAUGUUGAGAAAUGGGCCCCUUUUGUGAAGGAGCUGGCUGUCAUUGUGGCAAGAGGAAGAGACAAUUCCAUCUUGUGCUAUCCUGUUGUUGAAACUAUUCACAAGGAGAACAUUUGUCACGUAGUCAAGGCACCUGCUAAUGUAUCAUCAAAGAUCCAAAAGAUGGCCACUGAGGUUGCCUGUAAAGCUGUUAGUUCAUUAGAGGGUGCAGGUGUGUUUGCUGUCGAAUUGUUCUUGACAGAGGAUGGCCAGAUCUUACUGAAUGAAGUAGCUCCACGACCUCACAAUAGUGGUCAUCAUACAAUUGAGUCUUGCUACACAUCACAGUUUGAACAACAUUUGCGGGCUGUAGUUGGCCUGCCACUUGGUGAUCCAUCGAUGAAAACUCCAGCAGCAAUCAUGUAUAAUUUACUUGGUGAAGAUGAGGGGGAUCGUGGUUUUGAUUUAGCUCAUCAAUUAAUUGGAAGAGCAUUGUGUGUUCCAGGGGCUACUGUUCAUUGGUAUGAUAAGCCAGAAAUGCGGAAGCAAAGAAAGAUGGGCCAUAUUACCAUUGUUGGCCCUUCCAUUUGUAAGGUGCAAAACAGAUUGGAUUCAAUGCUGAACAAAGAAAAAUUUAAUUCCCAGUCUGCAGUCACACCGCGUGUUGGGAUCAUAAUGGGCUCAGAUUCAGAUCUUCCUGUUAUGAAGGAUGCUGCAAAGAUUUUGAAUAUGUUUGGUGUGCCUAAUGAGGUGAGAGUUGUUUCAGCACACCGGACUCCUGAGUUGAUGUAUUCUUAUGCAUCAUCUGCCCAUGAGCGAGGCAUUCAGGUCAUCAUUGCUGGUGCCGGAGGUGCAGCCCAUUUGCCAGGUAUGGUAGCUGCACUUACUCCUUUGCCGGUGGUUGGUGUUCCUGUGCGUGCUACUGCAUUAGACGGAGUUGAUUCGCUAUUAUCAAUUGUUCAGAUGCCUAGAGGUGUUCCAGUAGCAACAGUUGCUGUAAACAAUGCCACUAAUGCAGGCUUGCUAGCAGCAAGGAUAUUGGGGGCCAGCGAUGCUAACUUACGAGCAAGGAUGAGCCAAUAUCUAGAAGACAUGAGGGACGAAGUCUUGGUGAAAGCUGAGAAGCUAGAAAGAAAUGGUUGGGAGUCUUAUUUGAAUCCCUGAGAGUGAAAGAAAUUCGUAAUGAAGAUUUUUCUAUUUUCCUUAUAUUCUCUGGUUUGAAACAAAUUAGGAAUUUUUGUACUAAUUUGUUCGAAUUUCUGCUCUUUUUUUUUUUGUUUUUUGUUUUCCAAAAAUUCUUAAAAGGAAAAACCUCAAAACCACAUGGCAAUUGGAGAAAAAGAGACCCUCACCAAUUUAUUUGUUAUUCCCACAUACUAACUUCAUUCUAUUUUCUGUAAUGUUGACAAACUCAUUAGAGACAAAUUACUCAGUGUAAAACUUGAGGCCUAGUAAAAUCAGCCUCUUGUUAUAUUUUAUGAAAUAUUAAUCUAAUUUUUAUGUUA